AUUAUAGAAUCAACAUCACUGUUCCUACCUAACCUUAGGUAAAUACGGUCCUCACCGUAGGUAGUGGCUAGCACUUGCCGCCUAGAUCUGCUACAGUGCUACGACACGCUGAAGAGAUGGGCAAUUGCCUUUUUAAACAGGUGUACCUAGUUCUUGCACUCCCCGAAGCAUCGUCGUCAUAACAGUUUCCUAUACAAAGUACCUAACCUAGGUAUCCUAGGUACUCCGGAGAAGGCAGCAUGGGGGUUCUUAGAAAAUCAGGUCAUAUGUAACAAGUACAUUGCCCAUAAAGUUACCUACCUAAGGUAUACCUCAUGGCGGAUGACCUUGUUCUCCCCAAACCUAUAGGUACACUUAGCCUAACUCUCAGCUAUCAUCCUAUUCCUCGGAAUUUGAGAAUUAAUAGCAGUUUAAUUUCAAACACCACAGAACAGCUUAGGUAAAUCAAUAAUACAUCAUAAGAGCACAGUUAGGUUCAUCUUAUUACUAUGUCGCUACACAGGUGGUCGUUACCUAGCAGGGCUUUUCCUCGUGAGAAAUCCAAGGACGUCGACCCAGACCACCAUGCUAGGUUCCCAACUAUACAUAUCGGUGACAGCAUCUCCCGCCGACGAGCGAAUAUCUCCUCAGCAUUUGCUAAUUUAUUCGAAAAAGACGAGAACCGACUAAGCACUGAAGAAACUAGCGGAACUCGUCUUACUGCCAGCAACUGGCGGCCCUUCUCUCGUAUCGAGAAUCUAACAUCAAGUACUAGGUUAAAACUGGCAAAACGUAAAGAUGGAUCUGGCAGCAUUGGCAAGACCACCCUGCAAAUGUCUGGUCCUGUUAGCCAAGUUAAUUCCGAACAAGUGGUGUCACUACGGGAAGCAUUGGAAGAACGUGACGAGUGUGAACCGCUUGAUGACCACACUCGUAUCAAGUCAUCGGAAGGGAAGAGUUCAGAUGACGACAGUUCGCCAAGUUCACUCACAAGAGUUCGCAGUGCCUCGUCAUCUUACCCCUCUGAAGGUAUCCGUUCCCCGCCGAACCAUUGUCAUUCGCCACAGUUGAAUACGUGGACAAAAGACUUCAUAGCUGAAAUCACUCACUUUGGCACAUAUCCGUCAGGAAAGUCUCAGAGGAAAACCAGUUCUUCGACUAACGAUACGUCAGGACUGAGCAGUAGAGCUGGUAAGUGUCUUAUGGAAGAAUUAGCUGCAGCUGGCGGAACUUCAGAUACCGAUACCAGAACAGCGAGUAGGGAUCACACCCUGAAACCACCAUUUUCGGAUGUUGCUUCCACUACUUAUCCCCAGGACCGGCCAGCCAAGGCCCCUAAGUCCAUGUACUACGGCAACUUCAUUCACACGGCGGAGCAGGAAAUCCAGGAGACAUCCCAGAGGAAUGUCCUUUCCGGACUUGAUGGUCAAGGCUCGAGUACUUCAGCUAUCCAUGGUAGUUAUCCUGAACUUGGACCUUCUCAUACCAGCUCAUCCGAUGAUGAGUUUCCGUUUCGGCCGAGCCCUACAAGUUCUGCAGGUCUUCUUCGUGGGAGCAUGGACACGGGCAAGAAACGGUCUACCAGGAGAAUACUUUGGAGGAGACAAGGUGGUCCCUAUCAUACUAUGCCUGCAUCUGUUGCCCGAGACAAUUCCUGGAGAGGCCGAACCCCCCCGGCUUCAUCUCCGCUAGAAAAACCACCGCAGUCUGGAUUCCAUUUUAGAGAAUCUGACAGAUCUUCUGUUACAUUGGUAGAACGAAUUUAUAAGUUUAAGCUCAGAAAGUGGAUUAAAAAGGUGUGUAUCAGAACCAAGGUGCGAUUCGAUCACGCUAUGAACAUAGAAGCGGCUCCAAAAACACUACGUAGGCGAAAGCCCAAGUCAUACAGAUCGCGGAAGGCAAAAAAGUACAUUGACGCUCGCAAAGCAACAGCACACUCCACAGGAAGUCAUUGGAAGACAUUUGAGGUCACGAAAAGAACGAAGAGGUCUAGUAAGGAGAAGGACGGAAUAGCACAAAGGUUCAUGAACUCGCUUAAGCCGAAGCAUAGCAUCCAUUUCCCCGUGCAAGAGAAGGCUAGGGCAGGCAAAAGAAGAGUACAGUCAUGUCCACAUUGAGGGGAAUGGAUGGGGGAUAAACAUUCAUUACGUCGUGGGUGCAACUUGUCGAAAGAUGCUUAUACCUAAGUCGUUCCAGUUAGAGUGAUUGUUGGUUUGGUUUGGUAUAACACUAUUACGGUAGCAUUACGCGCCAUAUCCGCCUUUUAACUAAAGGGUUCACGGUGCCAGCUGGGAAUCGGGUUACGGUGUAUUUUCUAGAUUAUCCUCUGAGUUCAGUUCAAACUCUUAGAGAGAAAAUGCAUCAUAAAAUGUGC